AUGCCUCUCUUACCUUCCCUUAUUCUCGCCUUUGGCAUUUCUUCCUCCGUACAAGCAGCGCUAUCUGGAUAUGCUCCUGUACCAGCAACCUGCCCCAGUACCCCCUUGGUUCGCUCUGCAACAGGCAUCUCCGCCUCUGAGUCAUCAUACAUUUCAUCUCGCGCCCCAGUUGCGUCUGCAGCGCUUGGUGCAUGGCUCACAAAGGUGAACUCGGCUUUCAGUACAGCAAAUCUGCCAGCAGUAGCCCUCACCACCAGCGGAGGUGGACUGCGCUCUCUCCUCACGGGUGCCGGCGUUAUCCAAGCUUUGGACUCACGGGAUAGUAAUGCUGGCACAAGUGGUCUCUACCAGGGGCUUACCUACCAGGCCGGUCUUUCCGGAGGAGGGUGGCUCCUGUCAUCUUUCGCUGGUAACAAUUACCCUACCAUCUCGAACCUAGAAACUACCCUUUGGACGACUGCGUUUGCCGACAGCCUUCUCGUGCCAGAGAACUUGGAGGCUGGAGGUGCUUAUGCCCAGAUCUCAGACGACGUUGUUGCCAAGAACGCAGCUGGCUACCCGCCUACUAUUGUCGAUGUGUACGGAAGACUCUUGGCAUACCAACUUCUGAAGGGUACCGAUGGAGGCGUUGCCAUUGAACUGUCGUCCAUCACUGGCUUCUCCAACUUUACCGGCCACAAUGUGCCAUUCCCAAUCAUCACCAGCUUGAAUGUCGAGACUGCCACUGGAGUCUGCACUCCUCCAAACAACACAGUCAUCUACGAGUUCUCGCCAUACGAGUUUGGAAGCUUCGAUUCCGGCGUCAAUGCUUUUACGCAGACGAAGUAUCUCGGAACAUCCCUCUCGAAUGGCUCUCCCACCAAAACAACCUGCGAGACCAACUACGACAACCUUGGAUACAUCCUCGGCACCUCCUCCGACAUCUUCAACGAACUCUGCACCACAUUCCCACUUGUCGCCGACGUCCCCGGCAUCCUCGCCAACAUUUCCGCCAUCGUAGCACAGACCCACGCCCUGACAUUUAUGGAUGAAUACGCGACCUACCCCAACCCCUUUUAUAAGUACACCCACUCCACCCUCGUGCAGGCCCAACCCGAACUUACCCUCGUCGACGGCGGCGAAUCCCACCAAAACAACCCCUCUUCCCCCUCCUCGAGCCCGCCCGCAGCGUCGGCGUCAUUCUGGUAA